AAUCUCAUGGUGUGUGUGUGUGUGUGUGUAGAAACUGUCAGAACAGGAACAGAGAAGACCCGAAGAGGAGAGAGGAUGAGGACACAAUACUACACUUGCAAACAGUUGUGAUAGUGAUUGUUUUCAAACCAACGCAGCCACUGGGGCACUGAAGCAGCUGACAUGAGAAAAAGGCAACAAUCCCAAAAUGAAGAAACAUCUGCUGUGCCUCAAGCACCUGGAAACCAAAGGCCCAACAACACAUGUUGCUUCUGUUGGUGUUGCUGUUGCAGCUGCUCAUGCCUCACUGUUAGGAAUGAAGAUAGAGGGGACAAUUCAGGAAGACCAACACACACAACCAAAAUGGAGAGCAUCCAGGUUAUAGAAGAGUGCCAAAACCCUCCUGUAGAAGAAAUUAUUUCCUGGGCUCAAAACUUUGACAAGAUGAUGAAAACACCAGCUGGUAGAAAUAUUUUCAGAGAGUUUCUUCGAACAGAAUACAGUGAGGAGAAUCUGCUCUUCUGGCUAGCAUGUGAAGACCUAAAGGAUGAACAAAACAAGGAAGUUGUUGAAGAAAAAGCAAGGCUUAUAUAUGAAGACUACAUUUCUAUACUUUCACCAAAAGAGGUUAGUUUAGACUCACGGGUGCGAGAAGUGAUAAACAGAAAUUUGUUGGAUCCAAAUCCUCAUAUGUAUGAAGAUGCCCAACUUCAGAUCUACACAUUAAUGCACAGAGACUCUUUCCCUAGGUUUUUGAACUCUCAGAUGUAUAAGUCUCUUCUUGAAAGUACUACCAGCUCUACAUCUGAAACUUAGGUCUAGUUUUGGGCACUGAAAUCUUGAUUUAGCUUUCUGGGAGCGGGUGGAAGAAGGACUAUUAGGAUGAAGACAGAUGUAACAUUUUUCAAGCAGGGGAGCUGCUCUGGAAGCAUCCUCACUGCAUUGUCCAAAAUGUAUCUUUCCACUCCAAGGUUGGGUUUGGGGAGGGGGAGGGACCGGAUCUGCCCCUUUGACACAGAAGCCAGCUGUGCACGGUGCUGAUUUCCUGAGACCACCACCCCCCGUGAUUCAUCAAGAAACCUCCCCGCAAUAGCUGGAGCAAUUUUGCACUUUAAGAGAACUUUCCUUUUUUAAAUGACCAAGGUGGUGCACGAACAGAGAAAUGCAUGCUAUGUUCAUGGAGCACUUUUUUUUAAAGGGUGGACAACUAGCCUGAAGAACGGAGAUGGGGAGAAAGGGCUGAAGACUGAGCCAUUGACAUGUGUGGCUGUCAUUUCAUUUGCAAACCUGAGAGCAACUAGGCCCGCCCCAUUACCAAGGGAUGUGCUGUAAACUCUCUUUUGAUAUAAAAUCUGUCUUCACCUUAGUAGUUUAAUAAACAUCUGGAACUGUAUUCCUGGAGAACUACAGUUUAGCACCACUCAGGCUACUGUGAAGAAAACAAAUGCACACAAUGGUCUUUGUCUAUAAGGUCUUUCAUGCUUGGGUUUGGAAGAGGGAAAGUAGAUUUGCCAAAACAUAUUUGUUUCACAUAGGUUUCACAAUUGCAGUUAAGAUUGCAAUGACAUACUUGUCGUUUUAUGUCGUUUUUCUUGUGUAUCCUCACACUGCAUGUGCAAAGCAAAAUUGCUUCACUUACCACUUAGUUGUUGCAAUAUUUAGUUCAACAACAAAAAUAUUGAUAUUUAGGAACAUGUUGUGCAAUAUAGUACACACACACAUCAUUGGAAUGAGCCAGAAGCUUACAUUUUUGAAAAAAAAUGCUCACACUUAAAAAAUCAGAGUCCUGCGGUAUGGCAACUUUAUUCCAAAUGCUCUAUCGAGGGGGAAAAAACAUUGCUAUGUAAGACAGACAACCUUUCUGUAUAAGAAAGUGAGUAAGAGUUUGUGUUAUUUAUCAUCAUUUAUUUAAAUUUCACAGCCGGGGAUUCCUACAGUUGUUGACUGCCAAAACUGUGACAUUUUUGUUGCAGAGUUUGAAAAAAAAGAAACAACAACAAAGCACAAGCUAUAUAAGGGGAUCCCCAUGGGUGGCACAGUCUAAGUGUUGACAUUGCUUUUAAUUGUUACUAAGAAUAGAUAAUUAAUGUACAUUUCAGCUGUCAGAUAAUGUACCGGAUUUAUUAAAGACUGGGUAUCCAGUUAUCUAAUACUGUUGUGUAAUGUUAUGUAAUUCAGUCAAAAGAAACGAUACAUAAAUAUCCAUACAUUCACAUAAGCAAGCUUGAUGACUUAAAGGGUUUUUUAAAAAAUAUAUAAAAAUAAAAAUGCCUACAUGUAGCAUUUCAGUCCACAUUGAGGACUAGCAUUUGUAUGUAAAUUAAUUUUCUUAAACGUUCCGUCAUUUGAAAAGGAAUGUUUGUGUGUUUUGCACAGACAGAGACACUCUUAAAAAGAGAGUAGUUAUCUUCUGGCCCAUGUAAUUUUGAAGGAGUUGUCAUGGGCUUAAAGGAUAUUGCAUAGAUUGAGUUGGUAUUAAAACUCAGAUAUGCCACUGGUUGAGCCCCCCCCCCCUUCUUUUUUUAGUUGCUGUAAUAUUUUUUAAAGUGUUGGCACGAAGGGAAGAACAUAGACCUCCAAUAAUCACAUUGAACUUGGUUUCCAAGAGGUGUCUUUUUUGCACAAGCCAUCUUAGUAUGAAUGUGGGUUCAGGCGAGAGAAAUUGUCACUCUUGUGGAAAUCCCAUUCACUGUAAAAGUGCAACUGAGUGAUACCUUGGAGAUUACACACUUUGCUGCUAGUUUAGUUUUGUAGAUAGCUGCUGAACAUUUCUUUUUUAAGAUGUAAAUUGACUUAAAAAUAAAUAUCUCAUUUCUACAUAAAGGCACAUCUUAAUAAAUAUUCAAAUCAGUACUAAAUGUUCCUUUUUCCUUUGAUGAGCUUUAAAAAAAACAGGCCACAGAACAGAUGGAUGUGAUUUGGUAGGGCUUUAAAAUUAUUGUUUUGCCCUGCUGAGAACACUGGAUCUAUUGAAUGGUGAGAUUGAUGUGAGCCUGAGUUUUUCCCCUGUUGACGGGAAGGAACUUUGUUUUGAAAAACAAAGCCAAAUAUUGCUGUGAUGCAAUCUCAGUCAAAUUUGGUUCUCAAGUGUUAGCUCAUUGUCUGCAAAUGAUUUUUGAAGGGCAGCUCCUGAGAUCAUCACUAGGUGGUUGUAAUCCACUAAGCGCGCUGAUGGGGUUGCAACCCAAAUAUUUAGACUUCUGCUGAAGCUGUGUUGAACAACUUGUCCUCCGAGAUUUUGCUGUAGUGGCCAAAAAAACUUCUGUACCCAAGAAGUUGUUGGUUGGUACAGAAUAGGUUUUAUAACUGGAGCGUCCCACCUGAGUCCUAGCGACCUGUGCCAGAUUUCCUCCCCUCCUUCCAUGCCAGCAUAAUAUCAGGAUCUCUGCCGUGGUCCUUUACAGAGAUCUGGAUACUCCCUAUUUAAAUAUUUCUUUGCUAGAGCAUUCAUUACUUAUGGGAAAGGUUUGUGCAGUCAUUCUUUUCUUCUUUCUUUCACUACCUCUUCACAUUUAAUUUAUUGAAGACGUGUCAAAGGGCAGAUGUGGGGAAAUUUUACUUAUUAUUUUACACAUUAUACUUGAAAUCUGUAUACUUUUAGGGAGGGAGGGAGACAUGGACAAUUUAGCUAACAGUUUCUUAAACUCAUUUAGUUUUUGUAAUUUAUAGAGAAUUCAGGAGAUAAUGACUUAAAAGGGCUAUUCUUUACUCCCUAUGCAACUGUUUUAACUCUUGUUGUGUCUGACAAAAUAGGGUUUUUAAAAAAGGAAGAAAAGCGAGAGAAAAUUCUGCGCAGCAGGAAACAUAAAUGGUCUGUUUACACUGGCGUUGCUGACUAUCCUACCAUACUCAGCACUUUUAAAUAUUGUUGUUUAUGAAACUGUCAUUUAAAAAUGCGAGACAAAUUAUUUAUAAAAGACAUUCUUUUAAUAAAUACCUGUUUUGUCUGAAAAGUGUAUUGUGUUAUGAUAUACUUUAUUCAUGUUGGUUGGUCAAUUUACCAUUAUGAAUAAACUUUAAAGAUAUAUUGAUAGAAUAAUACCUUUGAAGAUGUUUACAGAAACAGACUUUUUUUCCUAAAGGAGGAGGUAGGGGAAAAAAUCAGCAAAGAAUUGCCUCCUCCAACUGUGAAAUUCUCAGAAUGAAAUGCAUUUAAAGAUUUGCUUUUUUUCUGAUCUGAAUUGUAUAACUGUGGUAUUAUGUAUCUACAGCACCACAGUGAUGUUCAUAUUUACUAUGAUGCUCUGCAUAUAUAGCACUCUGUAUGUAUAUAUUUAUAUGGUGUAGAUUAAGGUUUGUUAACUGUGUUUGGGACACAAUUAUCUCUGGUGCACAAAACUAGGUACUAUGUAAUUAGAAAAUACCGCAUGUAUACAACUUUCAAUAUGUAGACUUAUUUUUGAUGUUACUAUUUGAUGGUGACCUGUAAACCAGAAGCAAUCUUUAUAAGAUACUUUUCAUACAGUAAAUGAGUUGUCAGUUUGACAAAAUACCUUUUCUGAGGAAACUUAAUUAAAAUUCUUAGUUCAAGGGCCAAAAUCUAUCACCC